AUGGGUGAUGACCUAAAUGUAACACAUAUAACUCUUAGUGGGCAUGUUGAAGUGCAUAAGUACAGAUAUCUUUAUUUUGUCAUCAUGUUAACAGCAUAUUUUCUAAUAAUCUGCUUUAAUUGCACAAUUGUGUGUCUCACAGUGAUUCACAAAAACCUCCAUGAGCCCAUGUACAUUUUCAUUGGAGCUUUGUUGAUUAACUCUGUUCUUUACAGCACUAAUAUCUACCCAAAGCUGUUGAUCGACUUCUUGUCUGAAAAACAGAUCAUAACUCAUUCACUCUGUUUCCUUCAAGCUUCUGUAUACUACACUCUGGCCGGUUCAGAGUUCUUACUGUUGGCAGUCAUGGCCUAUGACAGAUAUGUGUCUAUAUGUAAACCUCUGCAGUAUCCAACUGUCAUGAGAAAAGCUGUUGUCAAUACUUUGCUGGUUUUGUCUUGGCUUGUGCCUGCUUGUGAAUUUGCAGUGCAAGAUGCUUUCUAUGCCAGUGUAAAACUCUGCAGUUUUACUUUGAAAGGAAUUUUUUGUAACAGUUCAAUUUACAGUCUUCAGUGUGUGCGAUCAGUAGCAAUAUCUGUAUAUGGUGUCCUCCUGUUACUUAAUAUUGUACUGUUCCCUGUCCUUUUCAUACUUUUUACAUACACCAGGAUACUUAUCGUAUCAUACCAAAGUAGUAAAACAUUCAGGAGAAAAGCUGCACAGACCUGUUUACCUCAUCUGCUGGUUUUAAUCAACUUUACCUGUUUUAUUACUUAUGAUGUUGUUGUGGUUCGACUGGAGUCAGAUAUUCCAAAAAAUGUUGGGUUAAUAUUGGCUUUACAAAUGAUUGUGUAUCAUCCUCUUUUUAAUCCGAUCAUAUAUGGGCUAAAAAUGAAAGAAAUCUCUAAACACCUCAAGAGGUUGUUGUUUCAGUUCAAAUCACACUAA